GAGAAGAGAACCUUACAGGAGCAUAGGAGGCUCUCUCUCUCUCUCUCCCUCUCCCUCUCUCUAUGUAGACGGAGAAACCCUAGGUCUCAUCGUCUCUCUCACUCCCUGUCUUCCUCAGACAGUCUGUAUUCGCACUCUGUUUUCCUUUCUUUCUCCACAAAUAUCAAUUUUCACAGCUUCUCCAUAGUUGUGAUUCCAAGGUUUUCACUUCUCCUCUGAUAUUCCACCUAUACAUACAAUACAUACAGACAGAUAGGUAUAUAUAGGGUUGUACAGGGAAGAAAAUGUACAGAGGAGGUGGAGGAGCUUCGUUGAGGACGGACAUCGCGGAGGGGCCGCUGGAUCGGAAGCGAAUCAACGAUGCGUUGGAUAAGCACUUGGAGAAGUCUUCGCCUUCCACCUCCAGGGCCUUGAAGGAUAAGGCAGUUUCAAACGCCACCGGCAAAUCGCUGCUGCUGCAGCAGCAGCAGCUGCUCGACGCCCGCUCUUCCUCCACUCUUACCACUAAGAACAAGUGCUCCGAUGAUGAAUCUGAAACAGACAGUGAAGAGUCUGAUGUUAGCGGUUCUGAUGGGGACGAUACAUCGUGGAUUUCAUGGUUCUGCAACCUGCGAGGAAAUGAGUUUUUCUGUGAAGUUGAUGAUGAGUACAUACAAGAUGAUUUCAACCUUUGUGGAUUGAGCAGUCAAGUUCCGUACUAUGAUUAUGCACUUGACCUCAUUCUGGAUGUUGAGUCCUCCCAUGGUGAUAUAUUCACUGAAGAGCAGAAUGAACUUGUUGAGUCAGCGGCAGAAAUGUUGUACGGCCUGAUUCAUGUGAGAUAUAUUCUGACAACCAAGGGCUUGGGUGCAAUGUUAGACAAGUACAAAAACUAUGAUUUUGGGAGGUGCCCACGAGUUUAUUGCUGCGGACAGCCUUGCCUUCCUGUUGGGCAGUCAGAUAUUCCUCGCUCAAGUACUGUUAAAAUAUACUGCUCAAGAUGCGAAGAUAUCUACUAUCCAAGAUCCAAGUACCAAGGAAAUAUUGAUGGAGCUUAUUUUGGGACCACAUUUUCUCACCUCUUUUUGAUGACUUAUGGACACCUCAAGCCACAAAAACCAAGUCAGAGCUAUAUCCCAAAAGUAUUCGGCUUCAAACUCCACAAGCCAUGAAGAUAAGUGGUGGCAUUGUUUGGGAUAAUCAUAUUUCUUCCAAGAGAACUCCCGAUCUGGCUCCCAUGAUGUGCAAGUAGUUAGCAGCCAGGUAAAGCAAAGCUGUCUUUGAUAUCCAGGAACUGCUUUGUUGAUAAAACAGAAAGCACCUAUACCCAGUCCUUCAAGCUAAACUCGUGCCUUAGUCUGCACUGUGAAUUUAGGCGCGCAUUUCUCUAUCCUGGUUGAUAAUUGUCAUCAGUAACCUACUUUGUACUUAUAUGUUUAUACUUUAAUUUCUUCCCCCCCCCACCCCAAGUAUUACAAGUUUCAUUUAAUGGUGAAGGUAAUGCCCCAAUUCCAGUCUUUUUAUAGCACUUUAACCCAAUUGUACAUGGUCAGACCUGUUGUUAUUUUCCUAGUUGAAUGUUUGGUGACCAAACAUAUGAUAUGGACCUUUUUAAAA